AUGAUUAAGUGUUUGCCCACAGAGGUUCAGGAGAAACUUCGCUCUGGUGUUGCCAUCCCCACGCUGCAGCAGUGCGUGGAGGAGCUCGUCCUGAACAGCAUCGACGCCGGCGCGACCUGUGUGGGAGUCAGGAUGGACAUGGAGGCCUUUAAAGUUCAGGUCAUCGACAACGGCUCAGGGCUGACUGCUGAGGACAUGGCACACGUGGGAAUCAGAUACCACACCAGCAAAUGCAGCUCUGUUGAAGACCUGAACAACCUGAAAUGGUACGGUUUUAGAGGAGAAGCCUUGGCGAGUAUAGUUUCUCUAGCCACGCUUGUUGACAUCUCCUCUAGGACAAGACUGUCAGUGAAAACACACGUUAAGCUGUUCAAGGAUGGAAAGGGCUUGGAUGUGUUUGAAGCUGAAACUGUCCGACCAUCUGCAGGGACAACUGUUAUCGUUUGUAAUUUCCUACACAACAUGCCAGUUCGGAGGAAGCGGCUCGAUGGUGUCCUUGAGGGUGAGAGGAUCAGACAAAGAAUGGAGGCUGUUUCUUUAAUGCACCCCUCUGUGUCCUUCACCCUGAAGAAUGACUGCACAGGGGCCAUGAUGGUGCAGCUUGCCAAAGCCAAGAGCACCUAUCACAGGUUUGUUCAGAUACACGGCCUUGCACGAGGAGAGAAACUCGGGGAAGUCCACUACACGCACAAGCAGUUUGAAGUGACUGGUUAUCUUGGCAAAGAGGGACACUACAAUAAUAGUUUACAGUACCUGUAUGUAAAUGACAGGCUGUUGCUGAAAACACGGAUCCACAAGCUGCUUAACUUUCUACUACGCAGACUGAGUGGUUCAAACCAGAAAAACAAUAGCCCGGAAGUCCCUAAGAGUCCAAAAUACAAGCGCAACCAUGAGCAAUAUGGAGUAUAUAUCAUCAAUAUAAAAUGCUCUUACUCAGAGUAUGACAUUUGUCUUGAGCCUGCCAAAACACUCAUAGAGUUCAAAGAGUGGGAUGGGGUUUUGCUGUGCGUUGAAGAAGCAGUCAAAGCUUUUCUGAGGAAGGAGAACUUGGUGUCUUUGUUUUCUCAAGAUGACUUGGACUGUAUAUCUUCUAAAGUGUUUAGUACUGACGGGACAGAUAAAGAAGAGGAAAGUGACAAAGCUGGUCAUAUAUCUGUUGGGACUUCCACCCUGGACUGCGGUGUUGGAAUGAAACUGGCAUCUGAAUUUGUUCAUCGUAGGCGCACAGAUGACUCAGUUUGCCUGGAGGAUGAUCAGACUGAACUGAAGCAGAAAGAGGUGAUAUCAGAUGAGUUUAAGAAUACACCACAAUGUGAUAUAAAGUCUGUAUCUUCUACUAAUGAAGAGGAGCCAACUUCAAGCGAAGCUGGUGAAAAUUUAGAAAUUUUACACAUGCCACAUACAACAGAAUGGAGACUUUUAACAGAAAAAGACUCACAGUUAAAUAAUAUAUCUUCAACCACUGAUGUAAAUUCCACGCACAGCCUCUGUCAGCCUGAUUUAAACCGUACCAAAGAGUCUCUGGAAUCUGCUGGCAGGCGUGAACAAAUUUUAGUAAGUCAACAAAAGAUCAGUUUGUCUGACCCAUACAUUCACAAGCGUCUUCAGGUUCAGGACCAGCUCGAAACAAGCAAACUAGGAUUUCAGAAGCAAGGUUUGGCAGCAAACUGUGAAAAAGCAUUCUCAAAGCGCAAAAUCUCACUGGAAGUGGGUAAAGACGGAGCUUCUCAGAAACUUUCCGUCCCUUUAAAGAUUCCCAAAGUUCUAGUUUGUCAGAAAUUGUCCACGUUUGGGGAGCCGGGAUCUCUCGAUAAGUUCAGACGAGCAUACGUUAAAUCCUUUGAAACUAAACUCUCACAUGCUCAUUUACAGAAAAGUGCUCAACUCUCUCAGAUAAGCAGCUUUGAUGAGAAUCCCAAGCAUAUAUCUGUUUGCAAAGACAAUCUACAACUGGGUCAAGUUAAGACAGGAGAGGAAGAGAUUAGCUUCCAAAGCCCACAAACCCUCUCAGCUGUCAACGAUCAGAACAAAAGUAAAAUGUCAUUAGCAGCAAAACUUUGUCAUUUAAAACAACACGGGACAGAAAAUGUUGAAGUCUCACAGCACAGUUCAGGGAGUCUUGAGAGUGAUAAUGACUGUCUUCAAGAGAGCAACAACAAUCAGAAUCCUCAGGACCCUGCAGUGAAUGUUGGUCCGGUAUUAGACUGCAUUACGAACCCUCAGCCGCACAGAAACGAAGAGGAUUUAACGUCGAACGACUGGCUGCAUCACUACGAUGCAUCUGUUGGGAAGAUGGUUUAUGUCAACAGAAUGACAGGGCUCAGCAGAUAUGAGGAUCCAGCUGCAGAGGACACACAUGUGCGCUGCACGUCUGACGUUACCAACAUGGCAGUUAGUGUCAUCUCUGAGAUGGGGAUGGAGUACAGGUGUUACCCAUUUCAGGUGGAUUUAGUUUUGCCUUUCCUGCCUAAGUCCAGACCAGAAAGAGUGAUUAGCUCAGCGAUUGAUUGUAGAGAUGAUGCUGAUGAGAGCUCCAACUCGCUCUCUUCACUGUAUUCCAAAUGGAAAAAUCCUGUGUUUGUUCGGCCUCCUAUGGUUGGUUUGAAUAUUUCCAGUGGACAAGCCGAUGGACUUGCUGUAAAGAUCCACAAUGUCCUCUUUCCGUAUCGCUUCUCUAAGGCCAUGAUUCACUCAAUGAAGGUUAUUCAUCAAGUGGAUAAAAAGUUUCUUGCAUGCCUUAUCAACACAAAUGAUGACGAAUCUGCUGCACAGAGUAAAGCUGAAAAAAAUCUCUUGGUUCUGGUGGAUCAGCAUGCUGCACACGAGAGAGUUCGACUGGAAAGUUUAGUUGCGGAUUCAUACGAGGAUGACCCGGAUGUCCUCGGGGAGAGACGUCUCUGUUCAUCAACUAUUUUACCACCUCUGGAGCUCAGCAUAACUGAGGACGAGCUGAGGCUGCUUAGAUCUUGUCGGCCACAUCUGAGGAGUUUGGGUCUGGAAGUUGCUUUCUCACAAACAGCAGCUCCACUUGUGUUUGUUGGGAAGGUACCACUUUGCUUCAUGGAGAAAGAGAGCAACGAGCUUCGGAGGGGGAGGCCUUCUGUCAUCAAGCCCAUUGUUGAGGAAUAUCUUCAAGAGCAAAUUGAGUUACUUCGCACUACAGGCAGGGUGAGAGGAACUUUGCCUCUCACUGUUCUGAAAGUGCUUGCUUCACUCGCAUGCCACGGUGCCAUUAAAUUCAAUGACGGCCUGAGCAGAGACGAAUGCUGCAGCCUGGUGGCGUCCUUAUCCUCAUGCCAGCUGCCUUUCCAGUGCGCCCACGGUCGACCGUCCAUCGUUCCACUUGUAGACCUCCAUCAUUUGGACAACGACCAGAAGGAUAUCCAGAAACCCAACCUGAGAAAGCUGCGGAGAAUGUACAAAGCAUGGGAUCUAUAUGGAAAAAAAUAAAAAAAGGUGUGCUUUUAGAUUCAUGUGUGCAUUUUAUUGUGAACAAAAACGAUCUAACUCAAAAAAAAAAAAAAAAAGUCUUUAAUAUA